CGCCGCCAGGGGGUGCCCGGGGCGCGGGGCCGGGCCGGGCGGUGCAGGUGGCUCCGCUUCCGCCGCGCCCGGGGGCGGCUCCGGGGCUCGGUGCGGGAGCGCGGCGGAGGCGCAGGGCUCCGAGGGAUUCAUGCUUCGUGGGCACCUGUAAUCAGCCCAGCCGCAGGAGGGCUCGUGCAAGCUGUGCCUUCGCUGCUGUGAGGAGCUGGUGCCCGCUGCAGUGACUGCCUCAAUGUCAACAGGACCCUUCGGUUCCUAACGUUGGUGCAGUCAAGAGGCAAAGGUGCAACGCCGUCUGCAAUGCCAGGGUGCAUCAGAGGGAGCAGCACAUACUCGCUGCUGCUGAAAGAAAAUGCUCCUAUGCUGCUCAGGGAAUGGUGGAGAACAGAAAGCGUAUGCUCAGUAACAAGAGGCAAAAGAGCAUGACAUUGCUUGUUUUUGUUCAGUCAUGCUGAGAAAAGCGCACAGUGGUAUGAGGCUGGAGAAUGUGGUUAGGUCUCUCCUGAGAAAAAUGCUUAGCUGAUGUGCUCUACUCUGACUUGCCUUCAGCUCUGUUAGAGCAGAUAAAGCUCUGCAGAGGAGGGGUGGAUGGAUUUGGCACUGCUGUCCACCCUGAAGGCACAGCUGCUGGCAAAGCAAACUCCUGCCCUGGCCACGCUGUGGGGCAGAUUUCCAGCUCUGGGUUUUAGGAUAAACAUCCCACAGUUGCCAAGUGCUGGUCACGUCGGUCUGGUUGCAUGCAUUCAGCCUUGCCAGUGGCCUUCAGUUGCGUGGGCUGUGCUUUUCUUCAGGUGUGCGUGAGUGGGAGGGAGGAGAAUGUGGUACAGCUGAGGAGUAAUUUAAUAUAUGCAUUUGUGUGGGGGGUAAAUGUGCAUAUAAUCCUGUAACAACGCAUCCCAGGCUUGGAAAAUCUCUGAAAAAUCCUGGGUCGGCUGUGCUGUGUGAAAUUUUAGCUUCUCUCUGCCUCUAACACUGGCCUGGGGGCGGGAGCCUCUGUGUUCCUCUGCUCGACUGCUCCCAGGUGCGUGAGCUGCGGUGGGACGUGCGGGGACUGCGUGUCCCCGCCUGAGAUCACGAAGGGGCUGACAAGAGCAGGAGGUGUUCUGGUACGAAAUGGAAACGCAGGCGUGUGUGAAAGCAAGGAAAGUAUCUGGUGAAUAGAAGAUGCCGGGGUUCAAGGGUUUCAUCUAGGGAUGACACCUUUUAAGAGUGGUCCCGUUAGCUGAUGUAGUAAAGGUUUAAAAAACUGUGUGACAACUCUGUCUGUCCUUCCUGCCCUGACCUCUUUCUCUGCUGAACCUUCCUGCAGCAUCCCAUCUCCUCCCUGCCUCGCGUUGCUGUAGUCAGACCAUGCUGCUGGGCGUUGCGUGAAGCUGUUGGAGCCUUCACCUGUUUUACACAGCUGUCCCCUGCACUGAAAGGAGUCUGUGCCUCGCCAGGAAUUCCUCCUCCUCCUGCCUGGUGUGUGACCCCUGCCUCCUCCCAGCCCGGUGCCAUGGCCGACACGAUUUUUGGCAGCGGGACGGGCCAGUGGGUGUGCCCCAAUGACCGGCAGCUGGCUCUGCGUGCCAAGCUGCAGACGGGCUGGUCAGUGCACACGUUCCAGACGGAGAAGCAGAGGAAGAUGCAGGCUCUGAGCCCGCAGGAACUCGAGGUCAUUCUGGAAGUCAUCCGCAAGGCAGAGAAAUUGGACGUCGUCGAGCAGCAGCGCAUAGGGCGCCUGGUGGAGCGGCUGGAGAACAUGAGAAAGAAUGCAAUGGGAAACGGCCUCUCCCAGUGUUUGCUCUGCGGGGAGCUGCUCGGGCUGCUGGGGAGCACCUCGGUCUUCUGUCAGGACUGCAAAAAGAAAGUUUGCACCAAAUGUGGCAUAGAAACCUUUGGAACCCAGAAACGCCCCCUUUGGUUGUGCAAGAUCUGCAGCGAGCAGAGAGAGUGGUUUCUAGCGACAGCGAGAGCGACUCGGAGCUCAGUUCCUCCAGCCUGGAUGAGAAGCCCUUGCCUGUGGGGUCAAAAGGCUCACAGGCCAGAAAGCAGCAAGCAGGACUGGCACCCAGCGAGGAGUCCAGCCGGCCCGCGGGCAGGGUGCUGGCAAGCACCCACCCCCCUGUCCUCUCGGGGAGUCGCAGCAGCCUGGGCAGCGAGCAGGGGGCUGCCCUCAGCGCCACCGAGAGCUGCCAGAGCGACCACCCGCCAGAGGGACACGACAGCGACGUCGGCAGCAGAGUCCCCGGCAAACGGUACGUUCACACCAGAAGCCGGUGCUGACAGAGGUGAAGAUGGAGCUGCUUGCCUGGGUCCAACACUUGCCCACUACUGUAGACCUCACUCCAGACAACAACCGCCACCAGCGGGGACUUCGGUGACACUGGCUCUUGCACAGACAUUAGCAGCACCCGUGGAAAUGCUGGCCUGUUCUCCCUGUGUUGCUGACCUGAUUUCAGGUUUGGUUUGAUUACCCUUCUGCCCCUGGCAUAGACUGGGAGAGGGGUGCUGUGCCCUGCGGCCCAGCUGUGUGUCUGCUGGAAGGGGCAAAGUGCUCACUGGGGCAAAAAAUGUGUGCUGCCUCUGCUGGCCUGCCAAACUCAGCCCUCUGUUCCGCUCCUGGACUCACAGUCCUGGCUUUGCAGUCUUCAGGAGAAAGGGGAAUUCACCCCCGUGCUCCUGAAAUGGGGCGUGAAGAGACCGCAGCCCCGGUAGUGCUUCUUACCCAGGAGUGAUUUUCCCUCUGUGAGCCCUGAGGGUGAGAGCACGCCCUGAUUUGCACUAGACUCCCAUGUGCCCGGGAUGUCACCCCUUGUAUGCCUUGUCCUCUCUGUUCUGGUUUGAGGUAGUAUGGGUCUGGUGGAGGCAUCCCAAACGAGCUGCUGAAGCUGAGCUCCCUUCCCCUGAAGCAUCCCUCCCAGACCGGGCUGUCUGCUCAGGGAGGCACUUCAGAGAGUAAAGAAACACCUGGAGAAGUUUGCAAUGACUUCUUCAGUCCUCCUGGCUGAGUGCUGGGCCGUGUGUCCAGUGACAAGGGCGAUGUUUUGGUGGUGGGGUCAUGGGCAGUGUGUGUGCUGCAGCUCUGGGUGGGAGAACACCCACCAGCCCACGGCCAGCUGGCUGCCUUCGAUUACCCAAGUCAGCUAAAAGCUUUCCAAUUACUUUAUCUUGUUAAGCUCUGCAGAUUCUCCUCCCACAUGCACACCUUAUAAUCUGUUGCAUGAGCUGGGGCCUGUAUUUUGCCAUUUUCCUGGAAGUCUUGAGCAUCUGGCCGACCGUGAUGGUGUCAUGAUGAGUCAGGCUGUGGAAAGCUCUGCGUCCCUGUCCUGCUUCUUCUCCAGGAUGGGCAAUUUCCCUCCAAGGCCUGGCAGAUGAGAAAAAUCAGAUUAGCUGACAUCUCCAGAGCAAUUAGAUCUUUAGAGGCUUGAACGAAAACGCACGCUAGGCAAGUGGGAGUCUGUGGAUUUUUAUUAAAUGCUUUGGAUCUGACCUGUGUUUUGCUGAAGAAAUGAAGGAUUCCAAAAAGUUCCCUCUGGAGUUGUGGAUUUAAAAGCAAUUCAUGCCUGUUAAUGUCAGCCUGUUCCCUUGGUUAUUACUCUUUUGUUCAGCUCUCCUUUGCUGCUGGGUGCUUUGUGUGCAUGUAGUAUAUGCUCUUACAAAUGGCUGCAGUAAGAAGAUAAAUGAGAUUGGGCGCUGGAAUGCUCGAACAGGAGAUUGGAAAUCAAUCCUUGACUUUCUUUCUAAAUGAACAUGGUCCAACAGAGCACUGCUCCUGUACUGCUUUUCCAGCGAACGCACCGUGGCAGGUUGCUGAGAAAAUCCUUCCAGCUCCGUGAUCUGCUUCUGCCCUUUGACAAGUGAAAACAAAGCCUUUGGAUGAUGUGGGCUCCUCGAGGUGGCCUAAAGAGAAGCCCCUGAACGUGGGUUUCGUACCGUCGGUGUUGAAGAGAGCAAGGGCUGAGCUUGUUCUCCACAGAGGGGGGCUUCUAGUGUUGUGGUCUGUGUUGUUUAAACCUGGCCCUCGAGGCUCUGAUCAGCCACGUUGCUGAAAGGGGUGAUGCCAAAACUGUUAGCUGUUUCUGAAAAAUGAAACCCAAAAGCCGCUUUUCCUGAAAUGCUGAUAUGAUUUCAGAGCUGAAGUCAAACUGUUUCUUCUGAGAGUUGCAGGGUCUUCAAUUUCAGAAGUGUGCUGCCGCCAGAAAAAUCCUGUGCUGCCUUAGAGCUUUUGACAGUCCUACUGAGGCUCUCUUGCUCUGUCAUUGCCACCGUGCCUGAGACAGCCUGGUCUGCCAGCCUAAGUUAAUUCUUCAAAAGAAGGAGAAGGAAAAUGACACUUAAAAAAAAUGACUCUAUUUUCUUAAAACCUGUUACUUUCUCAUCAAAAACUCUACGCUGAGUUGGAGAGAGUUUUUAAAAUCGAACGCGUCAUUUCUAGCUCUCCUUGUGUUCCUUAUGAUUCAUUCCUGGACAGUGCAGGCAGGUUAGUCAUAUUUUCACCCUCAUCCUCACUUCUGAGGUCUGUUUACCAAGGUGUGGGUUGCCAGCUCUGCACAGGAACCUGUUCAUCUCUGCUGGCUUACUGUGCUGCUUUCAGGCAUGGUUUUGAUUUUUUACCGAGACCAAGUUUUACAAAACAGAUGAAUUUGGGUCUGCUAUUUUGUACCAGCAAGACUAGAAAUGAUGCUUUCUUAUCUCUAUAUUUUACUUCCAUGGAGCAAUUCCACCUGAGUUUGAGCAUAACCAUUCUGCUGUCUAUGGAGAAACUCCCUGUGGGUCAAGGGAAGUGUCUAGCCCAGGAGAAUGUGAUCUAGCCACAUUCAAAUGUGAUAGAUAAACGUACUCAGCUCUGUGCACGUAUUUUCUAUUAAAGAUCUCCGUUCCCUUUGUUGCAUCUCUCUUGGUUGUGUUUUGUAGCUUUGGUUAGAAUAUAAUCCUAAACCAGCACUAGUUGACUGCCUUUUUACUUGGCUCAGGGUGGCAAGAAGGGCUCAGUCUACUCUGCUUUGUGUUGCUUUUAUUAUUUUGUUGUUCUCAUCUCCAUCCCUUACAACUUUUAUGUACUGUUUUACUACGGAAAACAAUAAAGCUUUGGCUCUGUAACAA